UUGACGGUAACCUCGACUGUCGAAGUUGCUUCGCAAGGGAAAUCUCUCGGUGCAGGGGAGAAGCAUUAGGGCUUCUUAUCUGAACUCAACCUAUUUUCCUUUUGAGUUUUCGAUCAGGAUAUGGAUACAUCUAGCCCUGCUGUUUUUGUCAAUGCAGAGUUGUUGCGCAUGUAUGUAGGAAGGAAAGUUCGGACAGUGGUUCAAAUAGUACGAUCUGAUGGUGGAGUCGUAAUUGGGAGGUCUGCAGAUGAACAACAAUUAGUCAUAAAAGGCUGCCCACCACCCUUACCUCUGACAACUUUUGUUGAGGUUAUUGGUAUUGCUGACAUUAACCAAUCCAUUAAUGCGGAAACAUGGACCAACUUUGGUGACACAUUUGAUACCAAUUCAUUCAAUCGGCUAUGCACACUUGCAAAUGGGGACUUGAAAAGUUUAUUCCUCUAGGGAGGUGAAUCGAGGUUAUUCAAAAUAGGAUUGGCAAGCUAGGACCAGCUUCAUCACCCUCACAAUGCAACAAGAUACACUACUAAGGGAUUAAAUCAACUAAAACCCGUAGACAUGGAGGCUUGGUUCAGUAUCUAGUAUAAAGUUGUAUGGUAAUAGCAAUUUUGUUUGCUGCACUUUGAAAGACAAUACCUAUCUUUUUUUCUCGGUACUGUGUCCAUAUUUUAUGGUUAAACUCCAGUUUUAUUGGAGAUCAUUUGCCUAAUGAUUAUGUGAACAUUAUUAAAGGUUCUC